CUCUUCUGCGUCUGCGCCCGGCGACGUCAGAGACGGAAGCGACCGCUCACUCUUCAGAGCAGACAGUGACGAGUAGCGAGGAGAAGAACAACUUUGUGUUCCUUUUUCUCCUCCUUUUAGGAAGUCUGGUUGUCCUUCGGCGACAGGACGCGAGACGCGGCGUAGAAGAAGAACCACCGGAAGCCCUGCAGAUAUGGACCAGCACAUGAAUCACAGCAACAUGCACACGGACCACGACCACCACCACGAUCACACCAUGGUCACGCCCACCAGCGGCGGCGGAAACGGAGGACACGGAGGACACGGAGGAGACGGAGGACACGUGGGACACAGCAUGGCGAUGACGUUCUACUUUGGCUACCAGAACGUGGAGCUGCUCUUCAGCGGACUGGUCAUCAACUCAGCCGGAGAGAUGGUGGGGGCGUGCCUGGGCGUCUUCCUACUGGCCAUCCUUUACGAGGGUCUGAAGAUCGGUCGAGAGUACCUGCUGCGUCGCAGUCAGGUCAACGUGCGCUACAACUCGAUGCCCCUGCCCGGCACCGACGGCACCGUUCUCAUGGAGACGCACAAGACAGUUGGGCAGCGGAUGAUAAGCCCCGCCCACUUCCUGCAGACACUGCUGCACAUCAUCCAGGUGGUGGUCAGCUACCUCUUGAUGCUGGUCUUCAUGACGUACAACGCCUACCUCUGCAUCGCUGUGGCGUUGGGCGCCGGCGCCGGCUACUUCCUGUUCAGCUGGCGGAAGGCGGUGGUGGUGGACAUCACAGAACACUGCCAUUAGCCGCCGGGCUCGUUAGCUUCCUGUCGUGGCUUCAUGUAGGCCGUGGGUAUACCAACAAGCUGUUUACUGUAAGACGGCACGUUAGCGCAGGAGCUAAUAGACGUCUGACCUCAGAAAUAAUUGAGUUGGCAACCAUGGUGACACAAUGGUAGGUUAAUUUGCACACUAGUUAGCCAGUAUUAAAGUUUUGUAGAGAAACUGAGGCUGAAGCAGUGAAGAUGUUAAUUAGUUGUGUUUAAUUUGCUGUCUAGUGCCAUGAAAUCUGCUGAUGUGAACCAGCUGCAAGUAGUGUAAAUAUUAUCUCAGCUCGAAGUAGCAAAUGUUUUAUCCAUUUUCCCUGGCAAUCAAACUUGUCUUUUUUUUUAUUGUUUUUAUCAGUUCAGACGUCAUGAAAGCGUCCGUCGGCCUUAAUGACACCGCUGCCUUAACUAGCUAACGAGUCUCGUUGGCUAAUUGAUCGUGGGAAUCACACGGGUGGUGUUGAUUUGUUUGUCACUCAAAAAUCAAUAGGCACUGAGACAUGAGUGAAGGGACCAAUCAGAGUGCAGGAUGUUUGUUGCAAUCAAAAAUAAAUAAAGGUUGUAUAGAAA